AUGUCGUCCACCGCGGUGGCAAACGGAGGCGGCGUCGCUGCUGGUGGCCUCGUGGCGACUUUGCAGAGCGUUGGCGCGGCAGGGUUGGCGUUCUCUACGGGAGGGCUUUUCGUUGGUGUUCCUUUGGCGGCUGGUCUGGGCUAUGCCUUCGCGACGGCGGCAGCUCCUGUGGUAGCUGGGACGAGCGUCGUGACUAUCGUAGGAUCUGGCGCAGGCGUCGGAGCUACGAUUUCUGGAUUGAAGGAAUACUUCAGACCUGAGGAACGCAUCUGGGUCCUGGCCGAGAAGUUCACGGAUUCGAAUGAGAAAUUUCAGGGUUUCAAUGAUGAGGAGAGUGCCACAGCAGCAUACGACGAAUCCUCGGCGCCCAAGAAGAUACUUCUACUCCAUCAUGUAGGCUCCGGAAGAGAGGCGAUAGAGUUGAGGCGUCAGGAUGAAGGAGUCACUAAGUGA